AUGGCAGGAACAAAGUUAAGUGCAGCUGCAAUUGCAACGAUGUCAUCUGUCUUGGUCUUAUACGUAGCAAUAAAAUCCCCUUUAAAAUACAAAUGGGCAGAAGAAAAUAGGAUGAAUCCAAAGGCAGAUUUAGCAUUUAGAGAAGCAGCUGAUAAAUGGUUGGAAAAGAAUAAAGAUUUACCAAGAGAUAUAAAAUUAGGUACUUCCACUUCAGAUGGUUUUGAAACUUUCUGGAGUGUAUUGUCUUGGCCUAUUAGAGCUCCAUUUAUGGCUUAUGAUACUGUUUCAUCAUCUUUCACACCAAGUAAGAAUGGAAGUAUAAGUAACGUUAAGGAUAAUGAAUAA